GCCGGGGCGCGGCCCCGAGGCGGCCGUUGCUGAGUCCCGGCCGGGCUGCCACCGCCUCUGGGCGGCCGGGCCUCAGGGAGUACCGGUUCGGCUUCGGAGUCUGCGGACCCAGCCAGGGGUGCCCGGUUCCCACUCCUCUCCCCGAGCGGCGUCUCCGUCGGGGUCGAGCCUCCGCCGCGACAGGCGCCCAGCCGCCUGUCGCCCCAGGCCCUGCCUGCGGACCGCCCUGGGAACGGCGUCUGGGAGCGCCGAGGGGCUGGCGGGACUCGGGGCCCGGGUCAUGCGGCAGCCGCCCCCGCCCCUCCGCGACCACCCCCGGCCCAAGCGGGAGCCGCAGCGGCGUUUCUGCUCCUCGCUGCGCCGGCGACCCCGGACCCGGCACCCCUGACCCCUCGCGCUGCCUGCGUCCCCGCGCCGAAGCCUCCCCCGGGAGGGCCCGUCCAUGCCGUCCAAGGCGGAGAGCCUGCGGCCCUCGGAGCCGGCCCCGCAGCCGCCGGAAGGGAGGACGCUCCAAGGACAGCUUCCCGGCGCUCCGCUGGCCCAGCGCGCGGGGUCCCCACCCGAUGCUACGGGCUCCGAGAGCCCCGCGCUUGCCUGCAGUACUCCGGCCACGCCCAGCGGCGAGGACCCGCCAGCCCGAGCAGCACCCAUCACCCCGCGGCCCCCCGCCAGGCCUCGGCUGGAGCGAGCCCUGUCCCUGGACGACAAGGGCUGGAGGAGGAGGCGUUUUCGAGGCAGCCAGGAGGACCUGGAAGCCCGGAAUGGGACCAGUCCCUCCAGGGGCUCAGUGCAGAGCGAGGGCCCCGGGGCCCCCGCCCACAGCUGCUCCCCGCCCUGCCUGAGCACCUCCUUGCAGGAAAUCCCGAAGUCCCGCCGGGUCCUGGGCAGUGAGAGAGGGAGCCCGUCCUCGGGGGGUAACGCUCUCUCUGGGGUAGCCAGCAGCUCCCCGAACCUCACGCACAGAGACGCCGCCGUGGCGGGGAGCUCGCCCAGGCUGCCCAGCCUGCUGCCCCCGCGCCCACCGCCUGCCCUGAGCCUGGACAUCGCUUCCGACUCCCUGAGGACAGCAAACAAGGUCGACUCGGAUCUUGCGGACUACAGGCUCCGCGCGCAGCCGCUCCUGGUGCGGGCCCACAGCAGCCUGGGCCCCAGCCGGCCCCGGAGCCCCCUGGCCUGCGACGACUGUUCCCUUCGCUCGGCCAAAUCCUCCUUCAGCCUUCUGGCGCCCAUCCGCAGCAAGGACGUCCGCAGCAGGAGUUACCUGGAGGGCAGCCUCUUGGCCAGUGGGGCCCUGCUGGGGGCGGAUGAGCUGGCCCGCUACUUCCCAGACCGGAACAUGGCACUCUUCGUGGCCACCUGGAACAUGCAGGGCCAGAAGGAGCUCCCGCCCAGCCUGAACGAGUUCCUGCUCCCAGCCGAGGCCGACUAUGCCCAGGACCUGUACGUCAUCGGGGUCCAGGAGGGCUGUUCUGACAGGCGGGAGUGGGAGACUCGUCUGCAGGAGACGCUGGGCCCGCACUACGUGCUGCUGUCCUCGGCGGCCCACGGCGUGCUCUACAUGUCGCUCUUCAUCCGCAGGGACCUCAUCUGGUUCUGCUCAGAGGUGGAGUGCUCCACGGUGACCACACGCAUCGUGUCUCAGAUCAAGACCAAGGGGGCCUUGGGCAUCGGCUUCACCUUUUUUGGCACCUCCUUCCUCUUCAUCACAUCCCACUUCACCUCAGGCGACGGGAAGGUGGCGGAGCGGCUGCUGGACUACGCCAGGACCGUGCAAGCCCUGGCCCUGCCCAGAAAUGUGCCUGACACCAACCCCUAUCGCUCCAGCGCAGCGGAUGUCACCACCCGCUUCGAUGAGGUGUUCUGGUUUGGAGACUUCAACUUCCGCCUGAGUGGCGGGCGCACAGUCGUGGAUGCCCUCCUGUGCCAGGGCCUGGUGGUGGACGUGCCGGCGCUGCUGCAGCACGACCAGCUCAUCCGGGAGAUGAGGAAAGGGUCCAUCUUCAAGGGCUUCCAGGAGCCGGACAUCCACUUCCUCCCGUCAUACAAGUUUGACAUCGGGAAGGACACGUACGACAGCACCUCCAAGCAGAGGACGCCCUCGUACACGGACCGCGUCUUGUACAGAAGCCGCCACAAGGGUGACAUCUGUCCUGUGAGCUACUCUUCCUGCCCCGGGAUCAAGACGUCCGACCACCGCCCUGUGUAUGGUCUCUUCCGGGUGAAAGUGAGGCCGGGCCGAGACAACAUUCCAUUGGCAGCUGGCAAAUUUGAUAGAGAACUGUACUUACUAGGAAUUAAAAGACGGAUUUCGAAGGAGAUUCAGAGGCAGCAAGCACUACAGAGUCAGAACUCCAGCACCAUCUGUUCCGUUUCUUAACUGCAAGGUGGGGUGAUCGUAUUGAUCAAAACCCACUGGGAAGGACAUAGGGUUUGCCGCCUUCCGGGGAUCCGAGGGACUGUGGCGACCGUGCCUCUGUGCCAGCGUCCCAGGAAGGAUGCCAACCCUGAGCGAGCCUGUCCUUCUCCGUGGCAGGUUCACACGGCGUGGUGGGCAGGGCUUGGACUCGCCCGUCUCCGUGGCAGGUCCACACGGCGUGGGUGGGCAGGGCUUGGACCCGCCUGGCAGCACCACGGACCCCAGCCACUCUCGGAGGCAGACGUCAGAAUCCGUUCCUGAGCAGCCCCCGUGCCCUGGGGCACUCACAGCGCCCCCCACCCCCCGUGCUCUGCGCCAGCCUCUCCGAGACUCCACACCCGAAGCAGGCGUCCAUCUGUGUCCUCCUGGCAGCCCCUGAAACACACACCACCCCAUGUCACACAGGUAUCCAGAGCAAGGCUGGAUCUGGGCUAGGUGACCCCUGGGGCCUCGGACCUCGGAGUGGGCCCCAGAGCCCAGCUGAGGAAACCACACAGCCUCCAGGACGCGGCACGUUUCCCCUUCGCUCGGCUGCAGGUUGCCCGCGGUGGGGUGAGGAGGCCUGCACCCCAGCAUAAGGGCCUCCCCGGCUGAGUAAGAAGCCGCCUCCCCUCCUCUCACAGGCCAAGCCUGUUGUGUGAAACCAUCUCGUGGUUUUGGUGAUGUAGACCGUUUGCUUCUUUAACUCCAGCCACAGAAUGACAUUAGUGGAGCCUGGCUGGGGAACUGCCGGACGUUUAGGAUGCCACCACCUUGAACACCUGGGCCAGGGAUCCCCACCAUGUCCCGGGGUUCUUUCUUCGAGAGUAUAGAACCGUUCAUUCUUGCUUUGUGUCCCAUUCCAUCUCUUGAAAAAAUGUAGUCUUUGAAUGUGCGAAAAUCUAGAGACAUUCAAUCUAGUCUUUUAAAUUAUUUUUCCAUAUUUAUAUUUUUAAAUAAAUGCAUAUAUUGAGUCUUAAAGUCUC